UUGCGCGUGCGCAGAGCGAGACGGCGCAGUGACUCCGAGCGGCCUCCCGUCCCGUCCCGCCUCCGCCGCCUGAGAAGAAGCAACAGAAGAACAGCGAGCGCGGCGGCAGCGAGGCCACGGGCGGGCGAGCGAGUGGUCAGGCGGGGCGCGCCUCCCCCCCUCCCGGCGCCAUGGAGGCGAAGUCCUCGUCGAGCCGCGCCCCCGUGAAGGGCAUCCUCAAGAACCCCUCCGGAGGGAGCGGCAGCAGCGGCGCGGGCCUAGUGGCGGCGGCCCUGGCCGAGGCGGCUUCUACCGCCGCCGCCGCCAAGGCCAGACCGACCGUCGCAAAGCCUGCCGCCGCGGAGGUCCCGCUCGGAGGCGCCUACGACGGCGACGCCCAAGGUAAGAAAUCCCAGAAGUGGGAUGAAAUGAACAUCCUAGCUACCUACCAUCCAGCAGGCAAAGACUACGGCUUAAUGAAAAUAGAUGAGCCAAGCACUCCCUACCAUAGCAUGGCAGGAGAAGACGAAGAUGCAGGCAGCGAUACAGAAUGCAACGAAGGCGUCACUGCAGAUGUGUUGGCAACAAAGUUAGCAGCUGCAGCACAUGGCAAGGGGCCGAAGAUCCUUGCUCAGCAGGAGAGCAGCGACGAAGAGGACGAUGAUUCGGAGUUAACUCCUGAAGAACGUGAGAAGAAGAGGCAGUUUGAGAUGAAGAGGAAGAUCCACUACAAUGAGGGCAAGAACAUCAAGCUAGCCAGGCAGCUGAUUGCGAAGGAGCUGCGUGGUGAUGCAGCCAAUGAAGAAGAUGACGACGAUGAAUGCGAUGAUGAGGAUGAAGAUGACGAAUGUGAUGAAGAGAUGCGGGACACGGUAGACCUUGCACCUGAUCCUAGUGACCCACUUGAGAAAAUUGCACACAGCCUAGAAGAAGUCUGCUCAGGACUGUAGCUGAUCCUGAAGCCAUACCUUUGUAUUCACUGCCUUGCACACCUGCAGUUGUGACUCAAGUAAAUGAGGAGCAGGUCGGCUCCCACUUAGUGUUUGUUGCCAAGUGUGGUGGGAGCCAGCGAGACUUUUCUCUUAGGCAGAUGGAAAAAACUGCUGAGCUGGCUUAUUCUUAUGCCUGGCAGCCACAGAGAAGACGGCUUCAUGCAUAAACAGCAGGAUCAUAUGACGUACAAUGCAGGUGACUUUGGCACAUCCGUGUUGCUCCUCUUUAUGGUUUUGAAACAACCAGUCACUUUGCUUUCUCCUAUUCUCUUUGGCAGGACCUUCUAGGACUUAAAGUGGCCACAUGCCUUGUAAAAGGGCUUUGGCGUUGAUGUGCCAAACUUUACGGCUAGAAUAGAUGAACCCUUACACUGAAGCGCUUGACAAUUGGCAAGGUAUUUUGAAAAAAAAGGGAGGGGAUUGAUUGAUUAAUAGGCUUCUUUUUGUAGAAUAUUUCUUCUUGGUUGUUAAUCUUGCUAGUCUGUAUCUUGUUGCUGGAGGGGGAGAAAGAGGCAGAGAGGGAGGCGGCAUUAAUGCAGCCAUGAGCAAAAGGAAGGAGAAAAGGGGCUCUGCAUUCCCUCCAUGCUUCCCAGAGCUUCCCUGCUGUUAUGUGGGGGCUGUUCUGAGCCUGGAAAUGAUGCUCCAAGCCUGCCAUGCUGUGCAACGUUCUCUGCUUCUUCUGCUUGUGGGCUUGGCUGUGGAGUGUUGUCUUGUGGGCUUUCCCCCCAUGAAUCUCCAUUGAGCUGCGUGCCACCCCAGGGGCUUGCCACACUUUCCCAUAGUUGGAGGGAAGUCAGCUUUGCGAAUCUGCGCUGGAAGCAUCACUGGCACCCGUCUCCCUCCCUCUUCCUGUCCAGAGCGAGAGGGUGGCCUGGUGAACUGUGCUGCCAUGCAGCCCUUGCGAGGAGCCAGAGCAGCCGCCUGCAAGUGGCUGUGGAUGGAAAGACCAGCCUUCAUGCUGGAGGCCCCAAGCAGUGGGGUCCUGGCUGAUGAAUGAAGGCAGGGGAGAAAGAGUCGGGGGUCUGGCUUGUUCCCUUUCUCCAGACUUGAGUAGAGAGAAAAUCCUGCUUUGGCUUUUCAUUUCCUAAUUUUGAUCUAAAUUCAAUGUGUUGACCCAACUCCAUAUGACUCUAUGGAUCUGUUUUCAGGUGGCUUGUUUACUGUGUGACAUCUGAAUAACACAUUGAAAGUUAUAGUUAUAUUGCAUCCCAGGGCUGUCUUAAAACGUUAGGCCCUUUGUAGCCUUACAAGAAAGACGUGUGUGUAGUCACUGAACGUAGAUAAAAUGGGAAGGGGGCUGUUGAAACAAGCUGAACCUUUCCACAAAAGUCCAGGCUGUGUGGAAUUGCAUGUAAGCUUUGCCACAUCAGAGUCACUGCCUGGCUCCCCGUUUGCAGUUUAAUUUUGAUGUUUUAAGUAAAAGUGUGGUUUCCUUUGACUGCAUUUUCCCAUGAGAAGAACCUGUAGUGAAUGUUCUGUUCUUUAAAGCAAGGAUGUGGACUCGGCUCUCCAGAUGCUGGUUGCACUCCAGCUCCCACCCCAGCCCCACCCCACCCCCCGCUUGCCCUAUUCUGACAACAUCAUGAUGAAGUGACAUUGACUUGGUCCCAGUGAGCUGCAUCUCCAGGGCACCCACCCCCAGUCUCCUAGUUGGCUGGCUGAGAUUGUGAGCCCUCUGGGCAGGGAUGUUGUCUGUUCUGUACAGCACUGGCGCUAAAUAAACAAGUCUAAUACCACUGGCUUGCUUCCUCAAGCCAUCCUGAUUGCUUGCAAAGCUCCCGUUGGCUCUGGGGGAGUUUGGCCCACCGUCUGUGGAAACCUCCUUUGGACCUCAGGCUCCUCUGCAAAGAGGAUGGAGAGAAAUGCCUGCGUUUGAAAUCAGCACCUCUUGGUUGGCCUGGGAGAGGAAGAGUUGGCUGCAUGAUGCUGAGGCCAGAGUUGCUUGCCCUGCACAGCCUCUCUGAGCCUUUGGGGCCCUUCGUCUUGCAUGUCUUGAUGGCCCUUUUUCUGCCAAGCGGCAAUACUAAAUCAAGGCAUAUAAGCAUUACGAAGAGCAGAGGGGUCUCUGGGAGCUGGUGGGUUCUGACCUCCCCUGGGAAUGUGCGGGAGGGAUCCUUCCUAAGAGAGCUCUGCAUGACAAGGCAAGUGGAGGUCCCGGGAGAAGAAUCUCCUACUUGGGUGGGGGAGGGAGAGAAGCUGCUUUUCAGCACCCACCCCCAGCGGCUGAAUCUCUUGUGAACAGUCUCCUCUCUUUCCUUAGCAUGCAGUCUUAUAAACUGCCCAGACUACGAUCCAAGUAUAAUUAAGGUUAAGGCAUUUGUUUUAUAUGAACUUCUGAAGAUUUUGUAUCUCCCCCACUCCCUUCAGCCAAGUUCAAAACAUACAGUGUAACACUUCUAGGCAAUUGAAACCAGAAUUAUUACAUUUUAUGAAGCUCCUUCCAUUGUCUGCCCAGCGGGAGGGUGCUCAAUCACCCAUGCAAAAGGCUGAGCUGCUUCCCCUGCCUAAGCAUUGCAGUGAUUCCCUGCUGAUCGCACACUCCACUGUUUUGCAAACGAUUUUGAUUGGUCAGUUCGUUACCCAUUCUUUGAAAAUGCAGAGGUAUUUCAUUGAAGCAUGCAUUUAAUACAGUCGUACCUUGGAUCUCGAAAACCGCAAACCCAGAAGUGAGUGUUGCGGUUUGCGAACGUUCUUUGGAACCUGAACGUCCGACGGGGCUUCCGAUUGGCUGCAGGAGCUUCGGUUUCCGAACUUUGGUUUCUGAACGUUUUGAAAGUUGAACAGACUUCCGGAACGGAUUCCAUUCGACUUCCAAGGUACAACUAUAGUUGAUUUCUCAAAAGAGGGAGGGUUGGGGUUUUAGGGCUAUGUUGUGUUUGUGCUUACGGUGUAGGGCAGAAGUCCCCAGACUUACCUGGCCCUGGGCAGGUGCCUCGAGUGCCGAUCGCGCAGUGGGCCGGAGCGCGUGCUCAUACGCGUGUGCACAUGUGAUUUCUGGCACACUUCCAGGUCAUCAGAGCAUCGGAAAAUAGCUUGUGCACAUGCGCCAGCGUCAUUUCCGGCGCACUUCUGGGUUGCCGGAACACCUGAAAUAACUUGUGUGCAUGGGCCUCCUCUGACCUGGAAGUGCGCCGGAAUGAUGCUUGCACAUACGCACAAGCUAUUUCCGAUGCUCCAGCGACCAGGAAGUGGGCAGCUGCGCCAUGCCGAUAAGAGCGGGCAGCAAGCGGCGGGGGUUGCUGGGGGCCGGAUAAAUGAGCCUGGCGGGCGAUAUCCGGCCCCCAGGCCAUAGUCUGGGGACCCCUGGUGUAAGGGAACGGUCAGGCUCAUCCUCUUGAUUUUAGCUCAAGGCCGUGGUGGGGACUUGGUAGGACUUCUGGGGUGUCACAACCCUCCCCCUCCAGCUUUAACAACAGGUAUUGGGAAACACCUGGUGGGGGCUCUGAUCUACCCUGCACAGCAUGUCUGCAGCUGGCUGGCUUUCCUUUUUGGCUAGUUUUGUGGCAUAGCAAAAGCAAGCUCCAUCAACAUGCCUGCUUCUCCCUCCCCUGGCCUUGCAGGCUUUUCUUGGGAGAGGUGUGUGCUAACCCUGAGGGGGAAAGCAAGCUGACAAGCACCAGGAGAGCAGCCACACAACACACCUCCUAGGGAACUUCCUCAGUCAAGCCAGGUACACAUCAAUUGCUGACUGCCUUUCCUGUGUUGAAGCCACAAAGUCGAAAAGAGAACUCUCAGGGCAACCUCCGGAGGGGCUGCUUCCUCCUUCCUUUACUCUGCUGGAGGGACAUGGCUACGAAGGGGCAAAGAGUUGCCAGCUGUCUCCAUUUGCUCACUGUCACUGCCGUCUUCAGGAUGCAACUGCAGGAGCUCUCUGCAAUGUCAGAGUAUGUUUUGGGUGGUUUGGUAUUUAGAAUAAAGUUCUUAAUUUAACUAUA